UAACUUUUGUUUUCCCUCCCUCCCUCUUUUUCUGCCUUGUGUUUCCACUUCCAUCACCUCACUCUUUAUUUAAUUAUUAUUAUUAUUAUUAAUUUUUAGUAUAUUUAAUUCUAUGAGCGUUUUUGAAACAAAAGAAGUGGAACAAUCAAACACAAACUGCUUAAAUGGAAUUAGAGCAAGCAAAGGAAGAGUUAGAGAUUCUUGAAACCCUUUAUCCAAAUCAACAUCACUAUCUUAAACAUGAACUUAGAUCUUUAAUCACUCAACUUCAAAAUACUACUACUCAUUCCUAUUCCCACCCCCUUCCACAAUACAACACCUCCCAUCUUUUCUUAGACACUGAAGAAUCAACCAACUUGGAACAAACAAAGAAGAUUCAACUUGUUUUACCAGAAAGAGAAGUAGUGGAGAAAGAGAAGAAGGGUGCUAAAAGUUCUGAUCUUGAAUCUCCAAAGAGUUUUGUCAUGAAACAUUAUCCAAGUUCAAAGAAGAACAAGAGAAAAGAUAGGGUUGAUUUGGUUCUUGAAAGGGCAGAAAAUUGUCUCAAAAAAAUUCGACUUUUCAAAAAAACCUUAUUUUCUUCUUCUUGAUUUUACUAACAUUUUAGUGUUGUUAAUUGUUAGUAUUAUGUUUAAUUUAAUGGAUAUUAGCACUAAAUAGGUUAAUAUAUUUUUUUAGUUUUUUUUUCUUCUUGCAAAAGACAAAUGAAGAUGUCAAUUUUGUUCAUGUGAAUGCUGAAAAGGAGCAACAUUAACAAUGGUUUAUGGUUCAUAUCUAUGUUGCAGAAAAUACUUACUUUAUGAAAAAGACAAA